UCCUCCAUCCAAAGGGUUUCAGAAGAAGGCGUCUUGAUAAACGCCUUCGUUCUCUUUGUCUUAUCUGCGAUUCCUGUUCUCUGAUUCUCUUCCCUUCUCCAAUUCUCGUUUCAUCUCCUGUAUUCAGCGACAAUGAGAGAGUGCAUUUCAAUCCACAUUGGUCAGGCCGGUAUUCAGGUCGGAAAUGCCUGCUGGGAGCUCUAUUGCCUCGAGCAUGGAAUCGGGCCUGAUGGCCAAAUGCCCAGUGACAAGACCGUGGGGGGUGGUGAUGAUGCUUUCAACACCUUCUUUAGCGAGACUGGUGCUGGAAAGCAUGUUCCUCGUGCUGUUUUCGUAGAUCUUGAGCCGACUGUCAUUGACGAGGUGAGGACUGGAACUUACCGCCAGCUCUUCCACCCUGAGCAGUUGAUCAGCGGGAAAGAGGAUGCUGCCAACAACUUUGCCCGUGGUCAUUACACCAUUGGGAAAGAGAUCGUUGAUCUGUGCUUGGACCGCAUCAGAAAACUUGCUGACAACUGCACUGGUCUUCAAGGGUUCUUGGUCUUCAAUGCCGUAGGUGGAGGCACUGGCUCUGGUCUUGGUUCCCUUCUUCUGGAACGUUUGUCUGUUGAUUAUGGAAAGAAGUCUAAGCUUGGGUUCACAGUCUACCCUUCACCUCAAGUAUCCACCUCUGUUGUUGAACCCUACAACAGUGUCCUCUCCACCCAUUCUCUCUUGGAGCACACUGAUGUGGCUGUUCUUCUGGACAAUGAGGCUAUUUACGAUAUCUGCAGGCGCUCCCUUGAUAUUGAGCGUCCCACCUACACCAACCUCAACCGUCUCGUUUCUCAGGUUAUUUCCUCUUUGACUGCCUCUUUGAGGUUCGACGGUGCCCUGAACGUGGAUGUCACUGAGUUCCAGACCAACCUGGUCCCUUACCCCAGAAUCCACUUCAUGCUUUCCUCUUAUGCACCAGUUAUCUCAGCUGAGAAGGCUUACCAUGAGCAACUCUCUGUUGCUGAAAUUACCAACAGUGCAUUUGAGCCUUCAUCUAUGAUGGCCAAAUGUGAUCCUCGCCAUGGUAAGUACAUGGCAUGCUGUUUGAUGUACCGUGGAGAUGUUGUGCCCAAGGAUGUGAAUGCUGCUGUCGCCACCAUCAAGACCAAGAGGACCAUCCAGUUUGUUGACUGGUGCCCAACUGGUUUCAAGUGUGGUAUCAACUACCAACCACCUACUGUUGUUCCAGGAGGUGAUCUUGCUAAAGUUCAGAGGGCAGUGUGCAUGAUUUCCAACUCCACCAGUGUUGCUGAAGUGUUCUCUCGGAUUGACCACAAGUUUGAUCUCAUGUAUGCCAAGAGAGCUUUCGUUCACUGGUAUGUGGGUGAGGGUAUGGAGGAAGGAGAAUUCUCUGAAGCUCGUGAGGAUCUUGCUGCCCUUGAAAAGGAUUACGAGGAAGUGGGCGCUGAGUCUGCUGAGGGCGAGGAUGACGAAGGAGAUGAGUACUAGAAGCCCUUGAUGUUUUCUGUUUGUUGAAUUUGCUGUCCAGUACCUUUGUGUCUCUGUUAUCAUGGAUGAAUUUUAUUUUUAACCGUGAAUGUCUGGUAUUGUAAGCGCACAUGAUUGAAACUUGCAAUCGGAUGCCAUGCUAUGUUCGCAUUAAUUUCAGCUUGUAUUUGACUAA